CCGUUUUGUGUCUGAGUGCAAGGCACUUCUAGUUCCCCAGAACGUUCCGGGUUACGCUUCUUGAGUUCCCUUUCAUUGUCAAACGCGUUCCAGGUGGGGAUAAAUUGUAUUGUCCCUCCAGCUUUAGUCAUCUUGGUUUGAGAUAAGAGAGUGGAGGAACAAGGAGGCGAGCAGACGAGGCGCUCUCAUCUGUCCCGCGCUCAACUUCCGGUGGCCGGAGAAACUCGUUUCCAAUCUGCAGACGCUGCGGGCAUGCGCAAUUGCGUCUUUUCUGUUUUAAUUACAGCUGUGCUAACCGAAGUGAGAUUCUUUUUUUCUCUCCAUAAGGCUGUGAGAAAUUAAGCAACAAUACUUCCCGAAACCAGAAGAAAAAUGUCGGUGACAUUGCAUACAGAUGUAGGUGAUAUUAAAAUAGAAGUCUUCUGUGAGAGGACACCCAAGACAUGUGAGAAUUUCUUGGCUCUUUGUGCCAGUAAUUACUACAAUGGCUGUAUAUUUCAUAGAAAUAUCAAGGGUUUCAUGGUUCAAACAGGAGAUCCAACAGGUACUGGAAGAGGAGGUAACAGUAUCUGGGGCAAGAAAUUUGAGGAUGAAUAUAGCGAAUAUCUUAAGCACAGUGUUAGAGGAGUUGUAUCUAUGGCUAAUAAUGGCCCAAACACCAAUGGAUCUCAGUUCUUCAUCACCUAUGGCAAGCAGCCACAUUUGGACAUGAAAUAUACAGUAUUUGGAAAGAUAAUAGAUGGUCUGGAAACUCUAGAUGAAUUGGAGAAGUUACCAGUGAAUGAAAAGACAUACCGACCUCUUAAUGAUGUACACAUUAAGGACAUAACUAUUCAUGCCAACCCAUUUGCUCAGUAGCUGUAGCAGACCUGGACAAAUACUUGGCCAAUUAUCUGAGGGACACACCUUUGUGGUUUGCCCAGCUUUAAUUAUGUCAAGAAACUGCAUCAUCCUUCUGCUUGUUUACAACGAAGAUUUUGUAUGAGCUGGUGGUACUAAGAGUCAAACAGCAUUUACCCCUAUUCUUGAGUAUAUUCUUUACUAUAA